GAGGAAAAACCGGGGAUUAUAGUGGGUGUCUGGCAUUCUGGGUGCGCAGAGCAUCCCAGAAAGAAUCCCCCUCAUACAAUUUGCUUUGAUCAUGCUUGUGCUACGUGGGAUAUAACGCAUUUUAUCCAGGAGGACUGGACUACUGUUCUGGCUGAGGAGGGGCUGUUAUAGCGGACUGUAGCUGCGGGGCCGCCCACCAUCUGUGGAAGUGGGACAGCGGAACAGAUGGCGCGUCCAAGCCGUCCGGCACCACAGAUAAAGGUGCGGUCAUUAAAAUAACCCCCUUUUACUGUUUGUUCGAUUUCUGCGAGACUUUCCCCCUCCCCUUAUAUAAACCAGCCAUGUCGGAGUGACUGGACGCAACCGGAGGACAGGAAUCCGUCCGCUUGAACCGAGACCACCGACUCCGACCUAAUCCCUCCCCCUGUUUUAAAUCCCUCUGGGUGGAACAAUGGUGGAUAACCGCUACGCCACGGCUCUGGUCAUCGCCUGCGUGCUGAGCAUCCUGGCCACCGUGUAUCUGUCGGUGGCCAUCGGCACGCAGCACUGGUACCAGUACAGCAGCCCCACGGUGCGCGGCGAGGCCAACGUGUCCGAGCUGCGCUCCCUCUACGACGAGUUCAUGAGCGGCGAGUUCGACGAGAAGACCUACAGCGACACGCUGUUCCGCCUCAACGGCACCGUGGGCCUGUGGUGGCGGUGCGUGCUCGUCCCACCCUCGGCUCACUGGAACAAGGAGGCAGAUGCCAAGAUGGUGCUGGAGUGCCGACACUUCACUCUGCCGGAGCAGUUCACCCCUAAAUACAAAGAGCCAGGGAACCACAACAGCGGAGAGGACAUGCUCCGCACCUAUUUGUGGAGGUGCCAAUUUCUGCUGCCACUGGCGUCUCUGGGCCUGGUUGUGUUGGCGGGCCUGAUUGGGUUUUGCGCCUGUCUGUGCAGGAGCCUCACGCCCACGCUUGGUAUAGGAGUUCUCCAUCUCUUGGCUGGUCUGUGCAGCCUGGCCACGGUGUGCUGCUACCUGGCUGGGAUGGACCUGCUCCACAGGGUGUCCAUGCUUCCGGACAAGGUGGACGGCUCCCUGGGUUGGUCUCUAUACCUGGCCCUCAUCUCCUCGCCGCUGCACAUGAUGGCUGCCGCGCUGCUGGUGUGGGCGGCGCGCAGCCACAGCCAGAACUACUACCGCAUGACCGCCUACAGGGUGGCAUAAUCAGAGAUUUUGCUCACAUAAACCACUCUGGCACAAAGAUAAAUUUUAUAUUGAUGUCUAAGGGUGAAAAAAAAGAAACCUAUAGGUUAAUAUGAGCUUUUUAUCCCAUCUUAUCUUCAAAGUCUACAGUGAAGACCCUAAAGUAUGCUGCAUUCAUUCAUUUAAUUAAAAAUGUUUCUCUCUAGGGCGGCUGAUGUAAAAAGAUGAAUUUAGCACACAGACCAGGUCAGAAACACUGAAAGUAAGCCUAGUUGUUUUAUUUGGAUUUUCUGGUAAAACCCUAUCAAUCAACAGCAGGAGUAAUACCCCUGGUAGUGUUUUUAAUAUAAUUUAUUUCUACAAAAGUAAAAUAGUCUCAACGUUUUCACAGAUGAGUGACACCCAUUCUUUCAUAUUCUCUGAAAAGGAUAACGCAAACGCCACAAAAUGUGGUUCGCUGGUUUGUUCCAGACGGCUCUCCCCUCCAACGACAGUAAAGCACAGCGAAGGUCUGUUGUGCUCGUCUUUGGCACUGCAGGCGCUAAAUGUGCUGAAGGAAUAAUUAGAUAAUGAAAACAUUUCAGACCCAAGUGCCCCAUCUAGUCCUAGGCGUAACCAGGCUUUGGGUGACGUUUCCUGCUGCGUCAGAGCAGCAAUCUGGAGCAAACACCCCUCAGAAGAAUGGCGAAAAUGAAAAGGCUGGUUAAAUAUUGGCGUGCGAACAGCCCUGAUGUAAAUUGCCGUGGACCUCAGAAGUAUUCAAAUGAACCCGGUCACAUCAAGAAGUAAAAGAUCCACAUACCAGUGGAAGAGUGCCAGAAAUCACAAGAGGAUGGUUGCAAGAUUGCUUUUGUUUUGUUUACAGGUUUUUAUUUUGGAAACUAAGUAAGUCGAUCUGCAAAGAUUUUGGAAGACGUGACGUUCUGCUCUACUCUGAUGUUUUUAGACUUUUUAGAGAGACUUUUGAGAGUCUCUCUAAAGUCUAAGUCUGAGUUUUUAAAUCAAUUCAGUUUAUUUAUAUUGCGCCAAUUUACAACAAAUAUCAUUUCAACGCACUUUACGAAACGGGCAGACCCAGUUUAUGUACAGAAACAUAUGAUCAAAUCUGUCCUAUUAUAUAGACAGGUUCAACUUCAAUGUCACAUCCCAUUUCGUUCGUUCCUUGUUAUGAUAGAGUGCAGUCAAGUUCAGUUCAUAAUGCCAACUGCUGAGAGGUUUUCUAAGAAACCACAACUGAUAACAUCGAGUCAUUGUCUUUGCAUCAAUGCCUCCUCCCGAGUGAGCAAGCGGGACAGUGAUCGGCCGAUUGCACUGAAUCAGACUUUGCAGCCAAUCCCUCACAUUAAGAAAAGUAUUUUGCAGCCGGCCAGCGCUUUCAUGGGGCCUCAUUCCAGUAGUUUUGGUACUUUGGUACUUAAGACCGCUGCUUCCUCUUCAGUGUCGUUUGUUCGCUGUUGAUUUAGCAAAGCAUGUGCUUUUAAAGAUUUUCCUCUGACAAGGAGCUGGCCAGAAUGUCGUCGGUUCAGUUUUCAGCGUGUGCCAAGUGCCAUUAACGAUUCCAAAGGAAAUAUUAACGGAAGUCACUUAGAGCCCGCACCGAUUCAGUCAAAUAUCUAAAGCACGUGUGCUUGAAUUGCUUUAUUUUCAGUUCCUCUGUAUACAUAAUGUACAUAUCAAACAGGGUAGAUUGCAUUCUAAAAAGUGAAUCAAAAAUGUUUUGUAAACUCUUAAGAAAAAAAAAAAUCUUAAUAGAGAGGAACAGUUUAGGUCAGAAGUUUACAUGCUGUACACUCCUCCUCGACAUGAGUAACAAUAUUUUGGGGCUUUUAACAACUAAUAUAACAGGUUUUUUUUUUUUGUUUCCAGGUUAGAAUAAUUAUACAUCAAUACAUAAAAACAAGAAUUGGGCUCACAAGUUUAAAAUGAUUGUGCAUCAUCUUCUUAUCCACGCAUGGUGAAAAUUAUACUCACAGCCUAAACAUAUAAUAGACAACACUAUAGAUUUAAUCUCUCCUCUUUGAAGGUUUUUUUAGGGGGGGUGAGUAUGGCUUUUCAAGCAUAGGCCACACAUUUUCUGUAGAGCUGGAAUUUUAGAAAGGCCAUGCCUGAAGCUCAACGUCAGCCAGUUUUAUCCGUUACAAAGCUAUUUGUGGUGUUUAUUUGGGAUCCUUGUCCUGUUGAAACGGCCAAUUGCUACCAACAUUAAAACAUCGAGCAUUUAGCGCUCCUUGAUUUAUUCCAGCCACAUUGUGUAAUGCACCAGAAACAGAGGCAGUGAGUGAGCCCCGCAGCAUGACGUUGCUUCCACCAUGCUUGACAGAUGGGAAUAGUAUGAGACAAAGUUGGAUAUACCUAUACAAGGACUGAGAUCUCCCACGGCAAUGUGAAAGUUGCUUCGCUGUGGACCAGACACCAGAGUGUGUGUGUGGGUAAAUUCCUACAUGGAUUAAACAUGUGCGCCCAGCUCUUGUUUUUAAAAUGUAUGAAAGUAAUUUGUUGUACAAUCCCUCCAGUCUGGAAAAAAAAAAAACAGGUCAAGUAAACCAAUAAAGGGCCAAAGAUUAAAACAACUUCAAUGUCUUUAAAAUCUGAUUCCAUAAGAAACUGUAUGGAGGUGAGUGCAAAGUGUCACACGGUGUUCUAAAAAAAAAAAAAAAAAAAAAAAAUCCUGGGCAGUGAAGCCGGUUCCUCUGAUUUCCACUGUUUCACAUCUUCUCCCAUCCUCUCAACGAGUCACAGUUGACUCGGUCCUUCUGUCCGAGGUAUGAGGCCACGCCUGUUAUUUCACUAACGUGGGAGACACACCUGAAGAACUGAAUGUUUCCAGCCAAACACUGAAACAUUUCGGCAACCUGCUUCAGGUGCUUUGACACAAAAGGUUGUUUAGCUGAGAGGCUAAACAGAUUGUUACCGCAUUGGUGUUUGCUAUUAUGAAAUAUCCACUUUGAUGGCUUUUUUGUUAAGUCACUGAUUUAUUUAUUCUUUAUACUUUACCGAGUAUGUGGUUUUGUUACUUUUUUAUGCACAUUUGUAACAUUAUAUCCGAUUUGAUUGAGGAAAACCUACAAAUUUUGUCCUAUAGUGAGACAUUACCUACUGUCUAGUUCACCUGAUUAUUCAUAAAAAUACAUUUUUAGUGGUUUUGUUUCCCAUGUUGUGUUUUGAUGUUUCUUUGAUUCGUAAAGAUGUAUUUUUAGUUUUUACCAUUGUAACAGAAAACCAUCAGAUAUAAGGGAGAAUGUUUGCUCUCUGUUUAAUUGUGAAUGUACUUUAGGGCCAUAUGAAGAAAACCUGAAUAUUUCUUUGCACUUUGAAAUUAUUUUGAUCAUAUCCUGAAUAUUGCUUUAUAGUUUUACACGGACAAAUAUCCACUUUUUGGGGGUAAUUUAAGUACAUUUGGGAGAAACGCUUAUUAAAGCCUGCUGGAUGUUAACAGAAGAGUAUUAUUUUUGCAAAGUUUCAAGAAACUUCUGAAUGGUUGGUUUGGUAAAAGGUCAAGAUGAGUCCUGAUUGUAUUUCACUCAUCCAACCAUCAAAAACACAGACGGCUCUUUUGUCCCUGAAUGCGUUGUUGAAAUGUGACGUUUGUGGACCCAAAAGUGAACCCAAACUAUCACUGUAUGUGUAAAUGUGUGUGCGUGUGUAUGUGCAAGGCUUGUACGUGCUGUCAUCUCAAUAAAAAAUAAUGGUAUUGCAAAAAA